AUGGCCGAGGCAGAGACUGAGCCUCUACCACAAGAGGCACCACCACUCACAAUCACCGUCACCAAGGGCGGCAAACCGCUAGACACAUUCCACCUCACAGCAGACGCCAUCCUCAACGACCUGCUGAUCGCCUGCGAGGACAAACUAGCGGAGGGAGCGGACGAGUACGACUGGGACAAGGCCAAGUUCAUCGCAAAGGGCAAGAUGCUGAGGGCCUCGGAGCACGGCGAGCAGGCGAUAGCCCACCUGGGCGGCACCAAGGUCACCCUGCAGGUCCCCACCCUCGAGGCGAUCCAGGACCUCCAGCGGUCCUCCGACGCAGCCCGGGCGCGAGAGGCCCGGCGCCUCGCCCAGAACACCUCCGCCGCCCGCCCCGUCGCGGCCCGGCGCACCCGCCCGGACCCGGCGCGCGCCCAGGCCGACGCGCAGUACACCUUCCUGCGGGUGGAGCCGCUCCCCGGGUUCAGCAACGCCGAGCGCAGCCGGGCCUUCCUGGAGCGUCUCAAGGAGGACCCGGGCAUCCGCGCCGCGAUGCGCAAGCACGAGUUCACCGUGGGCUUGCUCACCGAGAUGGACCCGGCGUCCAACACGCAGUCGAGCCACGAGGGCACGACGCGCCUGCUGGGGCUGAACCGCAACAAGGGGGAGGUCAUCGAGCUGCGGCUGCGCACCGACGCCUACGACGGGUACAGGGACUACAAGACUAUCCGAGACACGCUGUGCCACGAGCUGGCGCACAACGUGCAUGGGCCUCACGACCGGAAGUUCUGGGAUCUGUGCCACCAGAUCGAGAGGGAGGUCCAGGCUGCGGAUUGGAAGAGCGGCGGGUACUCCGUUGGCGAUGGGGAUUAUUAUGAGUCGCCCGAGGAUGACGUCCCGGACCACGGGGGUUGGACGGGAGGCACGUACGUGCUUGGCGGUAGCAGCAACGGCGGCGGUCUGAGCAAGAGGGACGUCAUCGCGAAGGCUGUCGAGGAGCGCAUGAGGAGAUCAAAGUCGGAGAACCAAGACGGCGGCGGCGGCGGCGAGGGAGGCAGCAGCGCGGCGCCGUGA